UUCAUAGGUGGUCAAGCAUGGAGAUAACCAAUCUCUGGAGCAAGUUUGGUAUAUUUUAUGGAAUUUUGAGUUGGCCUACCUGGAUCAUGUUAAAUGUCCUCCCCAUCCCAGUUUCCUCAAGCCCAUUAGGAAAAGAGUUUGUCACUGCUUUCAUGCAAAAUGGUUUUCCACAAAGGUUCCAGGGAGACUUUAAGCUUCUUAUCACAGGCUCUGUUCAGUCCACAUCUGUUACUGUCUCCAUGAAACAACCCACACUGAGGGUAACAGCCAUCGUGAAUACUGGUGAAACAUUGUCAGUGAAAAUCCCACCAGAGGCUGAGAUGGUUGGAAGCAAUAUUUUUGACAAUACACUCACCAUCUGGGCUAACAAUGAUAUCUCCAUCCUUUCCUUUUCCUACAAACCACACUCAGCUGACACCACGAUUGUCUAUCCCAUAGCAAGCUUGGGUACUGAAUAUUAUGCUGUAACACCAAAUGUGGGUACUGAUCACUACAGAGAAUUUGCUAUUGUAGGCUGGGCAGAACCUACAUCAGUUGAUGUCUACCUGAAAGGUCCUGUUACUUUCCAAGGAAAACGUUAUUUACGAGGAAGCAAGCUGACCAUCUCACUUCAACCUUACCAGGCUGCUCAGUUCCAAAGCCAGGUGGACCUCUCGGGUACUAAAAUAGUCUCCCAGAAACCAGUGGCUGUCUACAGUGGACAUACAUGUGUCUCUAGGCAAGUCCAGUGUGAUCAUGUCCUUGAACAGCUUUUGCCCGUUUCCAGCUGGGGCACUAAAUUCAUUGUUCCCUCCUUACCUUUUAACACAGAGUAUGACAUUGUGUAUGUUUCUGCUUCCCAAAAUACCCGUGUUGAUGUUCAGACCGGACAAAACCUGAAUAGCAAGAACUUGCAGGCUGCCCGGGUAGCAUUCUAUGGCAUUCAAGGCACAACUGCAUUGUCCAUCUCAGCUAGUUCUGGCAUCCAAGUUAUGUUUUUCAGUGAUGGUGGCACCUUUGGGAAUCUUAUAUAUGAUCCAUUCUUCAUGGCAAUACCUGAUGUCUCCAGCUACUGUCUGGCCUAUAACAUCUAUGGAGAUGACCAAUUUGGGAACUAUGCCCUGAUCAUUGCCAAAUCUUCCGAGAUUUCUGGGAUCACUCUGGACAAAAAGCCAUUGCGUGGUCUGCAAUGGAAUCGAGUUUCUGGCACCGAUUACUCUUGGACUGCCCACAGCUUAGGCCAAGGAUAUACCAUCAGCAGAAUAGAACAUUCCAGCUCCCCCUUUGGGCUGCUGAGUAUUGGAAUUGGAAAUGGAAAGGCUUAUGGUUCUCCCGCUGUUUGUGCAAAUGAUCCCUGCAGAAUGUUCAAGUGCCGGACGAAAGAAAUAUGUAAAGUAUUGCAGGGCCAAGCAACUUGUAUUCAUGAAUACCUGGGGACCUGUGUGGGCACCACAGCCAAGUAUUUCCAGACUUUUGAUGGUUUCUUUAUGGACUUUAAAGACUCUUGCACAUACAUCAUUGUACAGUAUUGCGGCAGUGACCCAAAGCUGUUGCCUUUCACGGUUGAAGAGAAGAAUAGCAAUAUGGACAUUCAGGGUGCUUCCAAGCUCCAGCAGAUCCAUAUCAAGGUGUAUGGUCACAGUAUUACCAUUGACAAGGAAGAACAUGCCCGAAUCAUGGUGAAUGGUGUGGAGGUCAACAUCCCUGCCACAGUGGUGAGUGGCAAAGUCAAAAUCAUAAAGAGUAGUGGACAUCUCACCAUUGCGACAGAUUUUGGCCUUCGGGUGACACUUGACAGCAACUGGACCUUAGUGGUGACUCUCCCCAGCAGCUACUAUGGAACCACCUGUGGGCUCUGUGGGAACUUCAACGAGAAAGCAAAGGAUGACAUGAUUCAUCUUAAUGGUACCCCGGCUUCCUCCAUCAUGGACUGGGCCAGUAACUGGAAAGUCAGUGACCAGGACCCUGCUUGCUCAGAUUCCUGUCAAGGCAACUGCUUGGCUUGUGAUGAUAGUCAGAAAGAGCUGUAUGGCAAUGAGAAAUAUUGUGGAAUUAUUAACCGUCUUUCAACUGGACCUUUUGGGGAGUGUCAUUCCACUGUGAACCCCACCAGCUACUUCAAUGAUUGCAUCAGCCGAAUGUGUGUAAGCCAAAGGGACCAUGAUGUGCUGUGCCAAGUAGUGGAGGCGUAUGCCACUACCUGUGAAGAACGGGGCAUCCUCAUUAAUGAAUGGAAAAUGGCAUCUGGCUGUGGUCAAGAACAGAACAACCACAGGACAAAUGAGACAGCUGAUGAAGCUCACAUCUGCUCAGAGAACAGCCACUAUGAAACCUGUGGAAAUGCUUGCCCAGAUACUUGCUCUGAACCAUCAGCCUCCUCCUCCUGUACACUGAACUGUGUGCCAAUGUGCCAGUGCAACAGGGGUUAUGUCCUCAACGGCAACCAGUGUGUCCCUAUUGAAAGCUGUGGCUGUGUCUACAACGGCCUCCAUUAUGAACUUGGAGAAGAAUUCUGGGAAGAUGGGAACUGCCACUCGCGCUGCCAGUGUGAUCUCAGCCAGGGGACAGUGAGCUGCUGGAAGGCCAGUUGCAAGGCCAGUGAAAAAUGUACCACGGUUAAUGGCGUGCACCACUGCAAAGGGCUGAUGUACUCCACCUGCAUUACAACUGGAGACCCUCACUAUUCCACCUUUGACGGAAGGAAGUAUGACUUCCAGGGUAGCUGUGUUUAUCAGAUGUCUGGGACCUGCUCCAAGGAUUCCACUCUCACCCCCUUUUCAGUUAUGGUAGAAAACAACAACCGAGGCAGGAAGGCAGUGUCCUUCACCAAAGUAGUGACUCUGGAGGUCUACAAUAUGACUGUCAGUCUAAGCCAAGAGUAUCCUCACAAAAUUCAGGUCAAUGGAGUCUUUAUGGACCUCCCCUUCUCCUAUGCAAAUAAAUUGAAGAUCUACGUCAGUGGCGUCCAUGGCUUUAUCAAGACAGACUUUGACCUGCGUGUCAGCUUUGAUUGGUACAGCUAUGCCAGAGUCAUCGUUCCUAAAACCUAUGCCAAUGCUCUCUGUGGCCUCUGUGGUAACGCCAAUCAAGAUCCAAAUGACGACUUUCUCAUGAAAGAUGGAACACAAGCAAAGGAUGAAAUUCAGUUUGCAAACAGCUGGAAGGUGAAGGAGGUCCCAGGGUGCUCAACAGGAUGCACUACUAAUUGCCCAAUCUGCAAAGAUGAGCAGAAACAAAUCUACAAGGGGGACCAGUUCUGUGGCAUCCUCAUCAGAAAGAAUGGGCCAUUCAGGCAAUGCUAUAAGAUCCUUGAUCCAACAUCCUAUUUUGAUGAUUGUGUCUUUGAUACCUGUGUGUACAAGGGCCAUCAUGACACUCUCUGUGGUGCCAUCAGUGCCUAUGUGACAGCCUGCCAGGCUCUGGGCAUCCAACUUAAGCAGUGGAGAUCAGCUUCUUUCUGCAGCAUUCCCUGUCCACAUAAUUCCCACUAUGAACUCUGUGGAAAUGGCUGUCCUGCCACUUGUCAUAAUCUCUCAGCUUCAGAAACAUGUGAAGCUCCCUGUGUAGAAGGAUGUUCCUGUGAUGCUGGAUUCAUUCUCAGUGGAGAUCAAUGUAUCCCUCUUGCGGAGUGUGGCUGUACACACCAGGGCAGAUACUACAGGAAGGGAGAGGAGUUCUACCCAACCACCUCUUGCCAGGAGAAGUGUCACUGUAUGGACAAGGGAGCUAUUGAGUGCCACCAGUUCUCUUGUGGUACUUAUGAGGUCUGCAGGAUGGAAAAUGGAAUCCAAGGUUGUCAUCCUCUGGGAUAUGGAACAACUAUAGCUACUGGUGACGCUCAUUACAUUUCCUUUGAUGGACAAAGUUUUGAUUUCCAUGGCUCUUGCACUUACAUCUUAACCAAAGUAUGUAGCAAGGAUCCUCGAUUAGCACAAUUCUCUGUGCUGGUGGAGAAUGAGAAGCACGAAAACUGGCAUACCUCUGUAACAAGGAAAAUUAUGAUCUCGGUUCAAGGAUAUUCUAUUGUCCUUGAAAGAGGAAUAAAGUGGAAGGCUAUGGUGGAUGAUGAGUACUAUACAUUGCCAAUGAGCACUGUUGAUGGCAAACUUUGGAUCACACAGGAGGGGAACAACAUCAUUGUCCAGUCAUCCCUUAUUCUCAGAGUCCUCUAUGAUACUUCUUCACAUGUUCAUGUGUCAGUCCCCAGCACAUAUCAUGGGCAGCUGUGUGGUUUGGGUGGCAACUUCAACAGUGAUCCAAGUGAUGAUUUUAUACUGUCUAAUGGAAAAGUAACUCAAAGCAUGGAUGAGUUUGGUGCUUCCUGGAAAGUUCCUGUGAAUGGCGUCGUGUGCUCUGAUGGUUGUGGGGAGAAAUGCCCCACCUGCAAUGCUACCCAGACAGCACUAUAUGAAGCUGAGAGUUCUUGUGGAAUAAUCCUGUCCAAGACAGGUCCAUUUAAAUACUGCCACUCAUUGGUUAGCCCUGUUGCCUACUUAAGACAUUUCCUCCAUGACAUGUGUUUGGCCACUGGAGCAAAAGAAACUUUGUGUCAAAGCCUUCAGGCCUACACAGCUGCAUGCCAGCUAGCUGGAGCCAGGGUUGUUGCUUGGAGGACAGCCUCCUUCUGUGCGCUGUCCUGCCCAGCAAACAGUCAUUAUGAGUUGUUUACCCGAACCUGUGACUUCACAUGUGCUGCCUUAUCUGCUCCAACCCACUGCACUGGGGAAUGUUUUGAAGGCUGCCAAUGUGACAGUGGCUAUGCAUUUGAUGGGGAGGAAUGUGUGUCUAUGGAUAAGUGUGGAUGUGUUUACGAUGGGCGCUACAUCAAGCCAGGGGAGAUCAUCUUCUCCAGUGACUGCUCCAAGAAGACCACUUGCCACCCAAAUAGCCAGAUCGUCCAUGUCAAGAAUCGCUGCGCUGUGGGAGAGACUUGUAUGCUCACCACCAAGGGGCAUGGCUGCAUGAGGCAGGAAGGCCAUUGCACUCUUAUCCCAGGAGCGUGGUUCAGCUCCUUUGAUGGCGUCAAAGGGAAGCUCAUCAUCAGCGGUGUUUACAAGCUGGUGUCCUAUUGUGAUGAGGACUCACCCUCCUGGUUUAAACUGGUGGUGGAUAUCAAUGACUGCAACGAUGACAUGGUGCCCGCUGCUACAGCAAUCUAUGUCUUCUUCCGGGAAGCGUUCAUCACAGUGACUAACCUCAAGGAGACCUGGGUCAAUGGACUCUUGGUCCAGCUCCCACAGAACAUCUCCACAGCCAUCUCUAUCACUGAAUCUGAGGACAACAUUGUCAUCAAGCAAAACUCCCAGCUACAAGUUCUCUACAGCCCCAAUGGCAACGUCACCGUGAAGGUCACCAGCAGCCUGGCAGGGAAGCUAUGCGCCCCUUGUGGGAACUUUAACAACAAAGCUUUGGAUGACCUAAAGCUACCUAGUGAUCAGAUUGCAGAUAACAUUGCUGAGGUUGUUGAUGCCUGGAAGGCCAGGGAUUUCAUGGGAUGUUACUAAUUCCCAAGAGACCUGAUGCUGUUUAGAAUGGUUGCUUCCUGUUCCAAGGACAGACCAGCUGAGAUCCCUCCCUUGCCACUAGGCCUCUUUGGAUGUCACUUACUAGGAAGGAACCUCAACAGAGCAUGACAGAACUAUAUUCACUUCCUCCCCACUAUUCAGAGAAAGUCUGCUACCCUGUUGCACCUCCACAUAUUUACACAUUCCGAUACUGUGACCAAAAUCCAUUGCUACCUACUUUGCUACCAGAGUUAUGUGGUUUUGUGUCAAGAGAGCGGUGGAGAGACGUAGGAAU